CUCCGGCGGGAUUCGCCGGCGGAGCUCAGCUCGGAUCCCGGCGGCGUACGGCGGUACGGGCCGUUGGCAGGGGUGACCCAGGAAGGAAGGGCGUCCGCUUCCGCGUAGAGCUCUCCUCCAGCUCCAGCAGUUGAUUCAUGAUGCUGGUUCCCUGAGUUUGCUGAAAGUUGUUUGGCCAAAACACAUCAUGUGCCUGAAAAGAGGGGGGAUGCAGGUUCCAAGAUCCAGUGCAGGUUCUUGGAAGAUUGCUAAUCAGGCUUUGUGUCUCCUACUCUCCUUUCACCAAAAAGGGAGGUCCUCCUUUCACAGCUGAGCUGCAGUCGCCAGAAUGGGUCAUUUUUUUUCUGAAUUUUGUCAUCUGGUGUUAACUGUUUGUUAACUGCUAUUAACCUACAUUACAGGAAACACUGGUGUCAUAUAUUUUAGGUGCUUUUAGAGUUAAUGCAUUUCGCUUCUUUCUCAAUUUUUUUUUGCGUUGGCGUAUAUUUCUGAGUAUCAAACACAUCUGAGCUGCAUAUUCAUUCAUUGCAGGUUGCAACUUGCAAGCAAUUCCAAGUCCUAGAGAUGACAUCUGUACACAUGAGUAGAUGAUCCUGCCCAUAAGUGUUGUGAAACCUCAAACACGUUUCAUUCCGUACAUACAUAAUGCUGAAUCAUUGUCCUUUUGCUACCAGCUUCUAAAGGGCCUGCCUAUUAAUUAACCUCUGCAGUUUAAAUAGUCCUGUCAGUCAAGAAACUGGAGAACAUCAUGGCUAAUUUUUUUCCCCUUAAUGUCCACUGGAACCAACAGUCUCAAUGUCCAACAUCAUGUCUAUAAUGUGUUCAUAUGUUUCUCUUUGCAGAUGACAGAAGUGCUGUUGGAGUUGUACAUUGUCUGCAUGUAACUCAAGACUUUGGAGCUUUGCUCACUCCUCUCGAUUCAGGUGCUAGCAUGCUUGCAUGGGCAAGGGGAAGGAAGUGAGCUGAAAUGGGAUUUGAAGUGAUGGUUUGGAGGGAGCAAGAAAGGGGGGUGUGAUUGAUGAGCAGUAAAGAAGGACUCUGCAGCAGCAACCCUUGCAGGUCGCCUCAAGGGAGGACAGACAGAUAGAGGAGAGAGAGAGCACAGGGGUGGCAUGGACCUACAAAGCUGUUUAUGAUGGACAGCACUGCUUGGAGAUCCAGCACAAUAAAAGCCAUUGUUAUCAUCAUCAUCAUCAAAACGUAAAUACAAGCCUGCUUGGUUAUUCUGAGGAGGAUUUAUCCUGCAGUGUGCAGAGAAAGUGUAACUUUUACCUGCAAAGUAAAUGGAGUCCUCUGACAAGGAGUUGCUAAGCAAUGCCCAGAUGAGAAGACAACAAAAUAGAUCAAGGAACGCUUUGUUGUAACAAGGAGCUGAACAACACUAGCCAAAGACAUGCAUGCAUGAGCUCAUCUCAUGAAACAUUCUCCAAUCAACAGUUCAACACACAUGUGUGUCUGAAUUAGCUGCGGCCACGUCUCAAUCACUACUGGGAGAUCUUUUCCUUCCUUCCGUUUCCUUUCAGAGGCAGGCAGCCAGGCAAGCUAGCAGAAGCAGGCAGGCCACCUCAGCCAUCAGCAGCAGCAGCAGCAGCAGCAGCAAAACCAAAGUCCCAAACCCUGCACUCUGCAGAUGCAGAGAUCGGUUCUUUAUCACAGCGCAAGCGACUGGACAAGCACUUGCACAUCGAUCGAGAGUGAGAUACAGAGAGCGAGAGCUUAGCUAAGCUGCUGGUAGUAUAUACUGCAAGAGGGAGAGAGGGGCACCCGAUCGAAGGGGAGAGCGCGGGCCACAUAUGGCGGCCACCAGGAGGAGCGCCUUCUUCUACGGCGCCGGCGGCAUCGCGCUCGCCGCGGGCGGGGAUGAGGAGAUGGCGGAGGAGGACGGACGCCGGCGCUUCGCUCCUGUGCGGCCGGCCGUGGUCACCCAGCAGCUCUUCCCGAUGACGACGGCGGCGGCCAUGGCCGCGGGGGCGAGGCAGACGCAGCAGCAGCAGCUGGCGGUGGAGCAGUGCGUCAUGGCUGGCGCGGCGGCGGGUGGGGCGGGUGGGCAGUGGGCGCGGCCGGCGUCGAGGAAGAGCCGGCGAGGACCGCGGUCGAGGAGCUCGCAGUACCGCGGCGUCACCUUCUACCGCCGCACCGGCCGCUGGGAGUCCCACAUCUGGGAUUGUGGGAAGCAAGUGUACUUGGGCGGAUUUGACACAGCACAGGCUGCUGCAAGGGCAUAUGACCAAGCUGCGAUCAAGUUCCGGGGCGUGGACGCGGACAUCAACUUCGUCCUGGACGACUACGAGGAGGAAAUCAAGAAGAUGAGCAGCUUCAGCAAGGAGGAGUUCGUGCACGUGCUCCGGCGGCAGGGCGCCGGCUUCGUGAGGGGCAGCUCCAGGUUCCGCGGGGUCACCCUACACAAGUGCGGCAAGUGGGAGGCCAGGAUCGGCCAGCUCAUGGGCAAGAAGUUCGUGUACCUUGGCCUGUAUGACACAGAGAUGGAUGCUGCCAAGGCUUACGACAAGGCGGCGCUCAGCUGCGGCGGGGAGGAUGCGGUGACCAACUUCGAGCCCGAGGCGGCGUGCGACGGCGGCGAGCCGGAUCUGGAGCUCAGCCUGGGCUACUCAGGCGGAGUCGGCACCACCGCACACGCUGCCGCCGCGCCGCCGCAGGGCCACCGGAGGAGGACGAGCCUGACGCUGGAGACGCCGGAGGAGGAGGAGAAGGGGAGGGCGUGCUACUACCAUGGCAACAACAUGAGCAUCUGGACCAGGCCUUCGUCGACGCCGAACUCCGCACCCGGCGAUCAUCGGCAGCCGUACCCCGCCGCCGCCAGAGCAGCAGUAGCAGCAUCAUCAGGAUUCCCGCCGGAGCUGGGCGCGGCAGCAGGCGUCCAGCAGCUGAACCACCACCAUCGGCAGGGCGGCAGGCAGCCGUGGCAGUGAGCCAGUCUGCCAGUGACUGACCAGCAGUCGAGCUGCUGCUGCGUGCCAUGGCCUGAGAUCUUUUGAGAGAACACUUAGCUUCGAUCGGGCGCCCAAUUUUGGUAAGCAGGGGCGGCCCAAGCCAACCAAUGCAGAGGCAGAGCACGGCCAAUUCCUGUGCCGACUGCCGAGCUAUCAGUAAUUCCGCAGAGAUAAGCGAGAAGAAGGCCGUACGUGGCUUCAAAGAACUCGUUGUUAGUGAAGAGAUUUGAUGUAAUGCAAGCUUGGACUUCUGUCACGCGGAUUGACUCCAAACUUUGCUACGCGUGUGGAUGACCAAUUAUGCCAAUCUUUUGAUCAUGAGCAAAACUUUGGCUCUUGCUUGAUGGUGUCA